AUGUUGGAACCACUAUAUGCCUCCAUCGGCCAACCCCUCCGAGACCACCGCUCCCUCUCCAUCCUAUCCUUUUACCUAACCUCCUGCGCCGCCCUUACCUCAAAGAUCCUCCUUAACAUUUACCACCGCUACCAAACCCGCAGAACGCAGUCGAAUUGGCACCGCAGCUAUGGUUCUCAAUUCGCCAUAUUCAUUGCCCUUUCGACCCUUAGCAUUGCCACAACAUGGCACUACAUGUUCGCUUUCUUCGCACAUUCCUACCGCAGCUGGGAAGCCGGACAGUCACCCACACAGCAGGCAUUAAUCGAGGUAGCACCGCGUGUAGCGACAUUGGAGCUGUGGCUGCGAGAUAGUAAGCUAUUCCAGGAGGCAUGGGAGAGUGUGUUUGCGACGCCGGCGAGAACGUGGUGGAGCGGGCAGAUCUUCCUAUGGACGAUCGGGUGGAGUUUGUUCUUGGGUGUUAUGGGCCGUCGGUACAACAUCCCCAAUGUUUGGAUGUACAUGCUGCUCGGACAGAUUGUUGCCAUAUCCUUUGCGCAGAAUCUGUUCUUUGUUACAAUCCUUGUCUCAAGCCCGAGUGUCACCUCAACUACGAAGCUUACGUGGAUGCCCCCAGCGCUCCUCGAGCUUGCGCCGGUCGUGAUAUCCGGCCUCAGCUCUGCCGCUACACCUUUCGUCGCGAACACGCCCUACUUUAUGCCUGUUCUUGCGGUUACCCAUAUCCUAGUCUUUGUCCCGGGUCUACUGUCCCCUCGAUUUAUGCCGCAGGGCUGGGGAGCGUAUAUCGCUCGGCCUACGCGACGAUAUGCCUCCUUGUACAAAUGGCUGCUCGCGAUCGGGGUGGCCAUUCAGGCACAGUCUAUGUAUUCAGUAGUUCUAGAUGGACCGAGUUUGUUGGGAGUUCCAGUGGUCAAUAUCGGGCGGAGAUUGCUGGACACAAUGUUGGAGCAUCCAGCUGUGAGUAGCGUUGGGUGUGAUGUGGUGUGUUGUACGAUUUCGGGAAUUAUAUGGGUGUUGUUACGGGGUGGGUUUCAGGAGAUGCUUGAGUAA